UGUUGGUAUCAGAAGUUGUUUAAGGAAUGGUGGGGUGUGUGAUGCAGUAUGUGUUUUGGGGCCAUACAUAGCCAUCACCGACAAUUUGACAUCUGACAGAGUGAUUGUGAUAUUAUUUACAUAUCUAAUGGCAGGGAAUACAUUCCAAGGACGACACUCUCGCCAGCCAAGCAAAAACACGCUUCUGAAAGUAGUUAUACUUGGUGAUGGAGGAGUUGGAAAGUCGUGUCUUAUGAAUAGAUUUGUUAGCAAUCAUUUUGAUGAACAUUCUUUCCAUACAAUUGGAGUAGAAUUUCUUAAUAAGGAUAUAGAAAUAAAUGGAGAAAUGUACACAUUACAGAUAUGGGAUACUGCUGGUCAGGAGAGAUUUAAAAGCCUCCGUACCCCAUUUUAUCGUGGCUCUGACAUUUGUCUUCUGACCUAUGCAGUCGAUGAUCGAGCCAGCUUCCAAAACUUGGCAAUGUGGCGUAAUGAGUUUUUAUAUUAUGCUGACGUUAAAGAAGGUACAGCAUUUCCAUUUUUGGUCGUUGGGAACAAAGUGGAUAUGGGUAAUGAGCAACGUGAAGUUACUACAGAAGAAGCACGUGCUUGGUGUUUGGAAAACGGUAAUCUACCACAUGUAGAAACUAGUGCUAAAGAUGCAACAAAUGUACAAGAAGCAUUUUCAUUAGCUGUUGAGAGUUGGGCACAGCUAGAAGCCAAACUGGAUCGUCCGUAUAUUGGGGAAACAGUGGAUCUUAGAAGGCAACAACCAGAACAGAGGUCAUCUUGCUGUUUGUACGUUGCAGGAAACAAUGAGUAGCUGUAAAUGGCCUGCAGCUACAACAGUUCCCUACCUAGUCAGUACAUUGCACUUAGCAUUUAUUUAAAUGGUUAUAGCUUUGUUUUUCUGUUGUUCACCAAAGUGUUUAUUUGCAUCAGUAUUAAGCAUUGUUGACAGUGUUCAUUGAAGAACAGUCCAUGUAUCAUGAUUAUAUUAUUUAUGUUGUAUCUGUUCCGAAGUUUUGUUUGAAGGCAAUGAUAAGUUUGCUUGGUGAUUGAAAAUGACAAAUAUCAAAUGAAAAUAUUGUUUUAUAGUGUAAAUGUAAUUUGAAAACUAUUUUAGAAAAAAUAUAUAAUAUGAUGCUAUCCUGGGCAAUUGAAAGGAACUGGUAAGGUGUGAUUUGUGAACAUAUAUUUGGAAAUGUAAAAUUUCUAAAUGUAGGGUCAUGCCCAUUUUACAUGUGGUAAUGGUAACAUGAAAAAACAAAAAUCUAAUGGCAGCUUGUCUCCUGUAGUGACUCAUUUAAGUAUGAAAGGAAAUAGGAAUGAGAGAGAUACUUAAGCAAUUAAUGUUAAAUAUUAUACCAAUGAAAUUCACCAAACUCAUAUCUACAGUAAAUGCUUGAAGCGAAAUUUUAAAAUUAGAGUAAUUUAAAAUAAUGUUUUUGUGCAUAUUUAAAUGGAUGUUGGACCAAGAACUGGUUGGCUUUAUUUUUUACUACAUGAUAAUGCUGUUGCAUUUUUUUCAAAUGCUGCUUAUUUUGAAAUGUGAGACUUAACUGAUGUGAAAGUGCAUGCAACAGUACUGUAAAAUAAUGUUGAUGUUUAAAAAGGCUGAAAUGUUCCAAUAUCUAACUAAUUUUUUAAGGCAAAGACAUAUUUUAUCACUGCAGUGUAUCAUUUAAAUGGCUUUUGAUAAAGUAUUGUAGAUGUAAGUGUUUACUGAACUUGCAUAUUUCUCUUAUAUAUGUACAUUAAUCUUUGUAAAAUUGUAGUUACUUAUUGAAUACAAUAUUACGCUUUAUAGACAUUUAUUGAACUGCCACAGUACAAUAUUCAUUUCUCACUAUUAGCAAGUAAAAAAUAACUCCUUAAAAUUACCAUUAAAUAUAUGAGAAUUUGCAGUUGUAGUUUUUGUGAGUAAGAACAUCAUAUUCAUGCUGCAAAGAUAAGUCGUACAGUAUUAGUUCCUUAUAAUGGCAGUGAUGUUAUUAAGUUGCAUAUAUAGGAGUACAAGUGAUUUACUUUCUACUCUUAAUUGUGGUUUGAUAAUUUCAUCAGUCCAGUUAUUUUAGUUUUGUGUCAUGUACUAUACAAACUUCCACUAUUUUCUGAAAUGUGCAUUUGAAUUCUACUACUAUCACAUUACACAAAUAUUGAAAAUAACAAGCCAUUUACUGUGUCAGCGUACUGAUAUUAGAUUUUUUAAAGCAAUAAACUACUUCUCUAUUUUAUUCAAGCUCUUAUCUAAUUCAGGUUAUUAACUAAUUCUUCUUUCUCGUGCUAUUAGGAUUUCUGUUAAUGAUGCAGAGACUUUACAAUGGAGACUUAAAAUUUUGACAUUCAUUGUUAUACAAAAUGUGAUUUGGUUUUUUGUUGUUUGUCUAUUCCAAGAGAUAUGUUGGGAGGAUUAAGAAAAAUUGGUGACCAUAGCAUUAUAAUUUUGACAUUAUUGCCUUCUAUUGAAACUUUACAUCAGCAAAGAAGCCACUCCAGUGCUUUGUAACUUUUGUUUACACACACUUAUUAUUACUUAAUUUUAAGAGUUUCUUUGCUGAUGGCCACUUUGUGAUCUAGUGUCAUGCUGUUGAAAUAGAUUUCUUCUAUUCAGUAAGUUUGUCAUCUUGUGUAAAUACUGUCAUCAUGUAUUGUCCUAUUUACUGUAUUGUACUGUGUGGAAGGAAUACUGUAUUUACCUGGCUAUAAGAAGAAAUUUUUCAAAUUCACCCUUAAAAAACCUGCAAUCUUUCAUUUGCAGGUGAAACUUUAGUACUUGACCUCAGCGGUUUUACAAUAAGUACUUAUUGCUGCUGAACACUAAAAAUUAAUACUUGUUUUGAUAUCAGAUAUCAAAUUUACAAGUAUCUUAUGUAAUUGGUAAACCAACAUUUGGAGAUCAUGAUGAUGAUCUUUUUCAGAUUGACCACAGCAUUUAGUUUGCUUUCAUUAUCAAAUCUGUAAUGAUUGUAAUUUAUACAGAAUGAUUAUGGAUCCUAGUCAUAACAGUGACUUCAUUGAGAAAGGUAGAUCUAACAGUUGGCAGUUUACAAGUGUAAUGCUAACUCAGUGUCAUGCCAACUUUAAUGUUCAUACCUAAAGCAGAGGCCACAAAAAAACUGUGUGGCAGUAAGGUGGGGUAUAACAUUAGAAUAUCUUCUUCUUUUUUGUGGCUUUUAUCCUGUAUUUUCGCAGGAUCAGCACAUUAUUUUAUGAAUUUGGCAAUAUUAUUGAUAAAAGGUGGCUGGAUGUCCUUCCUGUUGGCGACCCCCCCCCCCCCCCCC